AUGCGUGAUUGGGUCCAGUCGAAUCAGCCGCGACUUGCGAACUACAACAUGAAUCUUAAUUCAGCACAGCUGACGCCAUACGUGAUUGCUGCGAUGGAAUCCACCCUCUGUCAGACGGAAGCAACCGACGACACGAAGAACCUUUUCCGACACCAAGUGUUGUCGCUCCUUAUGGCCUACAGGCUGCGCGAAUUGCUGUCCAAGGUCGAACGUGCUGCGUUAAGAGUACUCAAGACCGACAAAGACAUCGUCAUCGUGCCUGCGGACAUGGGGCCUUCCACGGUUGUUUUGGACAGGACAGACUACCUUGUGAAGGCCAAACGUUUAUUGGUGGACCGCCAGUCCUAUGUCCCCAGCGCAACCAAAGCCGUAAAAACACUGAUACGAGAAGUCAGUGCUACGCUGCUGGCAUUGGAAAAUUCGGGUUGACCGACGCAUGGCGAGAGCCCAGGAGACAGUUUGGCCCGCCUCGGUGGCCUUCGCAAGGUGCAAAAAGAGGGCGUCCGCCUUCAUCCCACCGUCUCAUUCAAAGGUAAUCCAACCUACAGUUUGUACACCACGUCACAUUUACUUUAUUAUUAGCCAGUACCCCCAGCUAAACAUCAGUGCUAUUUAGACAGUAAGUAGAAAUUCACAAACUCUCAAUUGCGCUGCCGACCUCAAGUUAUUUGUUCAUAUUAAAAGAAUACAGCAGUUGUUCGUGUUAAAAAAAUCAACACUGAUACGCUAUGAUAGUAAAUGCAGACCUCCAAUUGGCAGACGGAUUUUUUUCGUUCAGGUUUAUUUCCAUGCAGUUUGAUCCCACCAAGCUUCCUCGCCCCACAAUCUUUCAAAAUAAUCUACUCUCAGAAUGCUCAAACAUAAAGGUUAUAGGUCUGAGUUAGACAAGUAAGCUUGUUUUAUCACCUCAUGCAGAUCAUUUUUUUACAAAAACUGCGCGCAUACUUCGGUUUUCUUUUCCUGCCGUAACCUCUCAUUAGGACAUGGAUGGUUGCCUAACUUCUCAUCAUUCGAACUGAAAUCCCGUAAAAAGUUCACUCCGAAAAGCAUAAAGUCACUAUUGCCCGUUUUAUUCCCAAAAAAUCAAACUCCUGAUUGCAAAAAAAUUUAUUUCAUAUUUUGCUUGCUCAGCUUAUAACGGUCGUUCAAAUUUUUUGCUUCCAAGUUCUUUAGUUGGUUGCCAAAUCCGCCGAUUUUAUCCCAAUCGCGCGUCUCCACAACCACCGUUCACGAACUUCUCUUCGCCGACGACUGCGCCCUGAACACCAACGUGGAAGAGGAGAUGCAACGGAGCAUGGACCUCUUCUCUGCCGCCUGCGAGAACCUCGGUCUGGUGAUCAACACGCAGAAGACGGUGGUCAUGCAUCAACCGUCACCCAACACAGCCACUCCUCCCAACGCGCCGCAAAUCAGUGUGAACGGAACCCAACUGCAAGUGGUGGAGAACUUCCCGUACCUGGGCAGCACUCUCUCCCUUAACACCAAGAUCGAUGACGAAGUCGCUCGCAGGAUCUCGAAAGCCAGUCAAGCCUUCGGCCGCCUCCAAAGCACAGUUUGGAAUCGUCACGGUCUUCAACUGAGCACGAAGCUGAAGAUGUACAAGGCCGUCAUCCUGCCGACGCUGCUGUACGGAGCGGAAACUUGGACAGUAAACACAAAGCAGGCACGUCGACUGAACCACUUUCACCUCAGUUGUCUCCGUCGCAUCCUGAGGCUGAACUGGCGGGAUCGAAUUCCCGACACUGAUGUGCUGAAACGGACGAGAGUCAUCAGUAUCAACACCAUGCUGAGACAAAUGCAACUGCGCUGGAGCGGCCACCUGGUGCGCAUGGACGACGAGCGACUACCCAAACGACUCUUCUACGGAGACGUCGCGACGGGCUCUCGCCGCCAAGGAGGCCAAAUUCAUCGAUACCAGGAUACUCUGAAGUCCUCCCUGAAGCAUCUAUAAAUUAAUCCAACCAACUGGAAAGAGCUCGCCCUUGACCGACCGACCUGGAGGAGGAAAGUGAAGACAGGCGCUGCGAUCUAUGAGGUCAACCGAAUCGCCGCUGUCAAAGUGAAACGCGAAGCACGCAAAUCACAGCUACGCUCCGUCCGCAACGCCGACGAACAACCGCUUCCAACGUGUCCUCGAUGUCAACGGACAUUCCGGGCACGAAUUGGACUCAUUGGACAUCUUCGGACCAACUGCACCUCCCAUACUGCACCAACCGCCGCCCUUCCGCCCGUCUCUGCUACGUCCUCUCCGCCGCCAACUAACUCUGACAAUUCUUCUGAACCACCACUUCCGUCCUCCUCCUCCUCCUCCUCCUGCCCCACUGCACCAACCACGGCCGCUCUGGUGGCCGUCACUCACACCAGCAGCACACACAUCCAUGACUCAACAACAGACACCAUCCCUCCAACCUCCGACUCCAGGGGUGAGGACCAGGACUACACCUGCCCUCACUGCGACCGCACUUUCACCUCACACAUCGGCCUGGUCGGUCACUGGCGAAUCCAUCGCACAGAGACUGGCGAACCAGUGCCAGGAGCACCAACUUACACCCACCGCACCCGCCUUCACUGCCCACACUGCCCUCGCACCUUCACGCAUCGCAUGGGCCUAUUCGGCCAAAUGCGCACCCACGAGAGCGGAAUUGACCGCCCUCCCGACUUACCCACCACGCCAAACCCCAUCCCCAAUUCAUCCCCCUUUGCGCCCAUCACCGUUAUAGCAACGGACACCGACACUACAGAAUUCACCUGCCCACACUGCACACGCGCAUUCAUCACUCGCCUCGGCCUAGUCGGCCACUUGCGAAUUCAUCGCACAGAGACUGGCGAACCAGUACUUGAGCACCAACUUAUACCCACCAAGCUCGCCUCCACUGCCCACACUGCCCUCGCACUUUCACGCAUCGCACUGGCCUACUCGGCCACACGCGCAUCCACGACGACCUGCGGUAGACAACCACCGGCUACACCACACCAUAACACCAUCCCUCCCUGCCUCCACCACCACCACCACCACCACCACCACACAUCAGCACUCACACACCGCAAGCACCCAACUGUCACCUCCCAAUCAAGUGGGAAGUGUGCAUCUCGACUCGGUCCCCAUGCGGCUUCGGCUGCACGGGUGACUUGA